CACUUAGCAGCAUGCAUGGUCCCAACAGCUCAAAAAUUGUCAGCUGUUGUCAUUUCAGGUGUGAUGUUGACUGACUUCUAUUUAUUCUUCUUCAAAAAUAAUCAAACCCUCCCUCCCUGCCUCUUCAUUUCCUCACCACUUCUUCAUCUUAUCAGCAUUUCCUCACUGAAAAUGGCUUUUUUCGGUAUUCUUGUAAUUGGGUUUCUCUCACUUGUCUCUUCUGUUAAUGGCUACUAUGGAGGUUGGUCCAAUGCUCAUGCAACCUUUUAUGGAGGUGGUGAUGCUUCCGGCACAAUGGGUGGGGCUUGUGGGUAUGGGAACCUCUACAGCCAGGGCUAUGGGACUAACACAGCAGCUCUAAGCACUGCAUUGUUCAACAAUGGCUUGACCUGUGGAGCAUGCUAUCAGAUCAGGUGUGUGAAUGACCCACAGUGGUGCCUCCCUGGCUCCAUCAUAGUUACUGCCACAAACUUUUGCCCACCAGGUGGCUGGUGCGACCCUCCCCAGCAACACUUUGAUCUCUCUCAGCCUGUCUUCCUCCGCAUUGCCCAAUACAAAGCUGGGGUUGUCCCAGUGUCCUACAGAAGGGUUAGAUGCAGGAGAAGAGGAGGCAUAAGGUUCACUGUGAAUGGACACUCUUACUUCAACUUAGUCCUUGUGACAAACGUCGGUGGUGCUGGAGAUGUGCAAUCUGUGGCCAUCAAGGGCUCCAGGACUCGGUGGCAAGCAAUGUCAAGAAACUGGGGCCAAAACUGGCAGAGCAAUUCUUACCUCAAUGGACAAAGCCUCUCUUUUAUUGUGACCACCAGUGAUGGCCGCAGAUUGGUUUCUUACAAUGUUGCCCCUCCGAAUUGGUCAUUUGGUCAGACAUACACUGGGAGACAGUUUCUCUAUUAGUUAAUUAUCUCUCUAUGUAUGGUUAAAAAAGCUUAUUUUACUACUCCAGUUUGUUUAGCUGUUUGUUUAGCUGCAUAUGUGGUAAAAAUUUAAGGGUAAAAAGAUGAAAAGGGUUUGCUUAUAAGGGUAAAAAAAUGGAAAGGGUUGAGUGACCUCUUUCAUUUUAUUAUAGAUUUGUUAGUUUUUUCAGGUCAUGGCUUGGAUUAUUCUGAAGCCUCAUGGCCAUAUCUGCUAGAGAGAGAGAGAGAGAGAAUCAGUUUGCAAGGCAGUUAGGUAGUGGAGAUUUACCACCCGCUGUUAGUUCAUGAAGUUAUGAAUAUUGAAUAGAAGAGGUGUUUCUUUUACUACGAUUAGCAAAUGCUGUAGCAGAAGAGGUCUUACAAUCAGCUUGUGUAAUGUCAUUGUAAUAAACUCGGGCUGCUUAUUCUGCGCCUUUAAUUACAUUCUAAGCCGAUAUUAAUCUAAA